AUGCGAAAGAGCAUCUCUCUUGCAAGUUCAGCUCGAUCUUCCUCUCUAGCUUCUUGUAUAUCCAAGAUUGGAGUUAGGUAUUUGGAGACUCAGGCCGCAUCUUCUCGUAACAGUGACGGAGAUGAGGAAUAUGCCGAUAAUAUUGAUUGGAAUAAUCUUGGUUUCGGUCUAUUGCCAACUGAUUAUAUGUAUGUCAUCAAGUGCGGCAGAGAUGACGAGUUCAAACAAGGGCAGCUUAGUCGAUAUGGGAACAUUGAAUUGAGCCCUUCUGCUGGUGUCUUGAAUUAUGGUCAGGGACUGUUUGAAGGUACAAAAGCAUAUCGAAGGGAAGAUGAGCGCCUCUUUUUAUUCCGUCCGCAACAGAAUGCGAUUCGAAUGCAGAUUGGUGCUGAGAGAAUGUGCAUGCCAUCCCCUUCAACUCAACUAUUUGUUGAUGCUGUAAAGCAGACUGUACUCGCCAACAGGCGCUGGAUUCCUCCUCCAGGUAAAGGGUCUCUUUAUGUUCGGCCUAUACUCUUUGGAAGUGGACCUAUACUGGGUUUGGCCCCUGCUUCUGAAUACACAUUCCUCGUGUUUGCAUCCCCAGUUGGGAACUAUUUUAAGGAGGGUACAGCACCCCUGAACCUAUAUGUUGAGGAUGAAUUUCAUCGUUCAGCGCGAGGUGGGGCUGGAGGUGUCAAAAGCAUUACAAAUUAUGCUCCGGUUUUGAAAUCAUUAAGCAAAGCAAGGAACAGAGGGUUCUCCGAUGUCUUAUACCUUGAUUCGGUGAAUAAGAGAUAUAUUGAAGAAGUCUCUUCUUGUAAUGUCUUCAUUUUGAAGGGAAAUGUUCUUUCUACGCCGGCGACCAAUGGAACUAUUCUCAAAGGAAUCACACGUAAUAGCAUCAUAGAAAUUGCACCUGAUCUUGGUUACCAGGUUGAAGAACGCCCUAUUCCAGUGGAAGAAUUACUUGAUGCUGACGAAGUUUUCUGCACAGGAACUGCUGUUGGUGUUGCUCCAGCAGGAAGUAUCACAUACAAGGGUAACAGGAUUGAGUAUAAGAUGAGCAAUCAACUUGUGUGUCUUCAACUGUAUUCAAGACUAAUGGGCAUCCAAAGAGGCAGUAUUCAGGACGAGAGAGGAUGGAUCAUUGAGAUUGAUUGA